AUGUACACUGCUUCUCUGGCUGCAACAACUCGCAUGGACAGUCACGAAAUUGCCAUCGCAUACGCUAUGUUGGCCAUUGGAGCUGGAGAAUUUUGCGCCGGCACAUUCUUCGGAAUCUCGGGCAACAGCCGUGGAUCGCAAUUCGGAAGAAAACGAGUGGCAGUGAUUGGGACGUGCUUGCUGCUGGUGGCAAACGUUUUGUCCAUUAUCAAUUUGCCGCCGGAUGCGCCGCUUCAUGAGACGGAUAAUAUUGGCUUCAUCGAGCCUAGCCUCUGGAUCGCCCUCUUCGUCGCCUUCCUCCUGGGACUUGCCGAUUGUUGCUGGCAAACACAGACGUAUACAAUUCUGGGUGGAAUGUACAAAGAUGAGCAGUCACCGCCGGCUUUUGCCCUCUUUCGGUGCUUCCAGGCCCUCUCCACCAGCAUCGGCUGCUUCAUCGCCCCGCAAUUCGAGCUGUACUGGACGUUACUCAUGACGUCUGUAUUGUCGAUCGCAGCAUCAUGUGCUUUCUGCGCUGUCAACAAGAUGGCGUUGGAGCGGUACCACGAUGAUAUUGAGAAAUCGGAGUUUUCCUCAAUCGAAAGCCAAAGCCCACCACCUUCUCCAACCGAGGAGAAGAUCACCUCUAAUUUUAUC